CGGUUCCAGGGCGGAAGUGGAAGUGAGGUGCCGUGGGUCGGGUGCGCCCGCCUGCUGUUCACGGUGCCGCCGCCUCUCUUGCUGCGCGCCUCGCCCUCGCUCUCGCCCUCGACCUCCCCGCUGCCGCCGCCGCCGCCGCCGCCGCCGCCAUGUCGGCCAGCGCAGUGUAUGUGCUAGACCUAAAGGGCAAGGUGCUUAUCUGUCGAAAUUACCGAGGAGAUGUGGACAUGUCAGAGGUGGAGCAUUUCAUGCCAAUCCUGAUGGAAAAGGAAGAAGAAGGGAUGCUGUCUCCCAUCUUGGCCCAUGGAGGAGUUCGUUUUAUGUGGAUUAAACACAAUAAUUUAUAUUUGGUUGCAACAUCUAAAAAGAAUGCCUGUGUGUCACUGGUGUUUGCCUUUCUUUACAAGGUAGUACAGGUAUUUUCUGAAUAUUUCAAAGAGUUGGAAGAAGAAAGCAUUCGUGAUAAUUUUGUUAUUAUUUAUGAAUUACUGGAUGAAUUAAUGGAUUUUGGAUACCCUCAAACUACUGACAGCAAAAUUUUGCAAGAAUACAUCACUCAAGAAGGCCACAAACUAGAAACUGGAGCCCCCCGUCCACCAGCUACAGUCACCAAUGCUGUGUCUUGGAGAUCUGAGGGAAUCAAGUAUAGAAAGAAUGAGGUGUUCCUGGAUGUCAUUGAAUCUGUUAACCUUUUGGUCAGCGCCAAUGGGAACGUCCUUCGUAGUGAAAUUGUGGGCUCCAUUAAGAUGAGGGUGUUUCUCUCAGGGAUGCCAGAGCUGCGCCUGGGCCUCAACGACAAAGUUCUCUUUGACAAUACAGGGCGUGGAAAAAGUAAGUCAGUAGAGUUGGAAGAUGUGAAAUUCCACCAGUGUGUUCGCCUCUCCCGCUUUGAGAAUGACCGGACGAUUUCUUUCAUCCCCCCUGAUGGAGAAUUUGAACUGAUGUCUUAUCGCCUCAACACCCACGUAAAGCCCUUGAUAUGGAUCGAAUCUGUAAUUGAAAAACAUUCCCACAGCCGCAUCGAGUACAUGAUUAAGGCAAAGAGCCAGUUUAAACGCCGAUCGACUGCAAACAACGUAGAGAUCCACAUUCCUGUGCCCAAUGACGCCGACUCGCCCAAGUUCAAAACCACUGUGGGGAACGUCAAGUGGGUUCCAGAGAACAGUGAGAUUGUUUGGUCCAUUAAAUCCUUCCCGGGAGGGAAAGAGUAUCUGAUGAGAGCUCACUUUGGCCUGCCUAGUGUUGAAGCUGAGGACAAAGAAGGAAAACCACCCAUAAGUGUCAAGUUUGAAAUUCCAUACUUCACCACCUCAGGGAUACAGGUACGUUACCUGAAGAUCAUUGAGAAGAGUGGUUACCAAGCUUUGCCUUGGGUUCGGUACAUCACCCAGAAUGGAGACUAUCAACUCCGGACACAAUGAGGCUUCUCUGCCAGUCCAGAUGACACACAUCUUCAGGCCUAGAAUUUGUUUGUAGGAAUUUCUUGUGGUGCUGAAGACUGUCAACGUCUUGUCUUCAGUGGCGACUUCGAUAAAUCGGAAUGAACCGAGGAGAGAGAAUUAAAUAGAUAUUUAUUGACUUUGACACCCAGCAUUAUAUGCCCUGACCAUAACUGUGUGGAUAUCUUUUCAUCAUUUGUACCCAUUGUUUCUGCUGUUACCAGCUUUUCAAAUUAAGAGUCAUACUUUGUCCCAAAUAGGCAGGAACACAGGAAUAAUCUUAGAAUUCCCUUUUCAUGCCAGCCCGAGCCAAUUUUGGAAGGAGACAGAAGCCCCAUUUAGACAAAAUGCUCUUUUCUGAUGUGAUGUGAGCUCGGUGGUACCAAAAAGGAUGGUGUUAGAUUUGCCAAAAUAACUGCGAGGUGAGUCAUCUUCUUACUGAAAGUAUGGGAGCAGCACCAGUGAAGCAGCAUCAGGGGUAGAUUUGGGGGAAGUGAUAUAUUCUGCGUUUGUCCUUUGAGAUCUAGCUUGCAGUGGAGGGCAUCAUCAGGUGAAGCUUUGGAUGUUAGGACACAAGUAUUCACCCCGAUUCUCAGCAUAGUACAUCUGCUUCAAAAACUGCUCCUCAGAUCUGGGAGUCUAGAGAACAUCUCUCUAACAGGGAGUGGGGGCAGCACUGAAUGUUUACAGAGCACAUGCUGCCUGCCCUCAGGCUGCCAGAACUCAUUUUUCCAGGAUAUUGUCAGGGUAGUGAAGUGACCCACAAUCAUACUACCCACCAUCCUCUCCAUCCCUACCCCAAAACACCACAGAGAGCUCUUAAAGAAUGAAUUUAAAUGUAGAGAAAAUGAGAUUGUACUUGAGACUAAGGUUACUGAUCCCAUGUAUUCUUGCCAGAGAAGCCAAGUAGAGAAGCUUGUUGAAUUACCCUUUUUUAGUUCAGGUAAAUCUUUUAGAUCCUACAGACCCUUUCAAAAUCCAUUGGCCCCUUUGGUCACAGCCAUGCCAAAAGGUUCACAGGCUGUGUGUGCCUUCAGUCCAGGGGCUCCGCUGACUCUUGAAUUUUGGAUGUAUUGAAACAAGGCUGGGGCCCUGGCUCUGGGUCCCUUUACACACCAUGUGCCAUUCUGUUAGUUUUACAGACCAGAACAGUAUUUUUCUAGCUUUGCUGGGGGGCUGAUGGCUGACGAGUGUGAUGAAGAGGGCUGUAUGCUGUGUUUGUCCUGUUAGGUGGCAGGGGCCUGAGAGUUGAGACGUUAGGUCUGUUCUCACACCCCAGUCUGCUCUCAUCUGUCCUUGUGAGUCUGAUGUCAUGAUGUUCUAGAGGAGACUUUGGCCCAGGUGUUUCUGAAGAUGCUCCUGGAGACUGAGAAUAGAGCGUGUGCUGUACAUGAAGGUGCUGUAUGUUUUGUUAAUGCCGAUUCAGUUACUGUUACUACUACCCACCUGUAGAACAUAUUGGCCAAUAUUGCAUUAAAUGCAGAUUUCAAAUCUA